AUGGCUAAUACCCUGCUACAAGGAAACUUAAACAGGGCCAGAAACGCCCAGGACAUCCUGGCUCAAACAAUGGCGGAAUAUUAUAUUGGCUUGGCGGUAAUUGCGGAGCCAUAUCGAAUUCCGGUCCACCCCCAUUGGGUGGGUGACCUGAGAAGAGACGUGGCCAUCUGUUGGCGUCGGAGUAGCCACCCACUCCCGCUAACGAAGGCCUCUACGCAGAGUUAUGGGAAAAGCCCCAUGAUUGUAGCGGGAGACUUCAACUCCAGAUCGACUCCGUGGGGUGACAGGACUACGAACCUGAGGGGACGGCUUCUCGAAGAUUGGGUUGCCAGCCUGAGUCUGUGCUGCAUGAACACGAGAAGGACGAGCACUUGUGUUAGGGCCACGGGUGAAUCGGCCGUAGACAUCACAUGGGCCUCUCCUGGCCUCGCAAGGAGGAUCGCAAAAUGA